AUGAAGAGAAUUGGUAUGAGUUACUUGUGCAAUGGUAUUCCGUUUCUCUCUUACUUUACUACUUCCCUUUCUGUUAGACCUUAUUCUUCAUCCCAUGUAAUUGGGUUACCCAUCAAUUUUGAGAAUGUCAAGUGUUUAGAUGAAGCUGUAAUUCUCUUUACGCAAAUGGUUACAAUGAAGCCUCUUCCUUCUCUUGUCGAUUUUUCUAAAUUAUUUAAGACUAUGAUAAUUAUGAAGCAUUAUUCUGCUGUUGUUUCUCUUUUUCGAGAAAUGCGCAAAUUGGGUAUCCCAAUUAACGAAUUCAUUUUGAGUAAUGUGAUUAAUAGCUAUUGCCUGAUGAAUCGUGUUGAAUGUGCAUUUUCUAUAUUACCCAUUUACCUCAAGAAUGGUAUUCCAUUUAAUGUUGUCGCCUUUAACACACUAAUAAUUAGGGGAUUCUUUGCUGAAAAUAAGGUCAAAAAUGCCGUUGAAUUGUUCAAAAAAUUGGUGCGAGAAAAGAUUUGUGAACCUGAUGAAGUCAUGUAUGCAACCGUCAUGAAUGGGCUUAGCAAAGGGGGUCAUACGGAGAAGACUUUAAGUUUGCUCCGGUUAAUGGAACAGGAAGACACUUUUCCUAAGCCUGACAUAUUCAUCUACACCAUUGUUAUAGAUGCGCUUUGCAAAGAUGGAAACUUUGAUGUUGCUAUCACUCUUUUGAACGAGAUGAAGCAGAGAGGAAUUCCUCCUAACGUAGUCACGUAUAAUUCAUUGAUUGAUGGUAUGUGUAAGCUUGGACAGUGGGAAAAGGUUAGGAAUUUUGUCUCUGAGAUGGCCGUGAACCUUAAUAUUUGUCCAGAUGUGUGCACCUUCAACAUAAUGAUAGAUGGACUUUGUAAAGAAGGGAAAGUUGCAGAUGCUGAGGAAUUAAUGAAACACAUGGUCAGAAAAGGUGUAGAGCCUGAUAUAAUCACCUACAAUACGAUAAUGGAUGGAUAUUGUUUGUGUGGUCAACUGGAUGAAGCAAAGAGAACUUUUGAUAUCAUGAUAGAUAAGUGCAUUGAGCAUGACAUUAUUAGCUAUAACAUACUAAUAAAUGGAUACCGUAAGAAAAACAAAUUGGCCGAGGCCAUGCAAUUGUUUUGUGAAAUUUCCCAAAAGGGAUUAAAGUCUAAUAUAGUUACCUACACUACUAUCUUGCAAGGUUUGUUUGCAGUUGGAAGAAUUGGCGAUGUGGAAAAAAUUUAUGCCGAGAUGCUAUCUACGGGCCCCGAGCUUGAUAUACACACUCAUAGCGUUUUGCUCAAAGGUUAUUUUAUGUAUGGGCUUGUUGAAGAAGCUAUGUCGCUCUUUAAAAAGUUGGAAAGAAAGAGAGAAGUUACUAGUAUUGCAUUUUACAGUGUUGUCACUAAUGGAUUGUGCAAAAAUGGUAAACUUGAGGAAGCUCAUGCUAUUUUUGAGAAGCUUUCUUUCAUUGGAUUGCUUCCGAAUGUUAGAACAUACACGGUAAUGAUAAAUGGAUUUUGUCUUAAAGGGUUGUUUCAUGAAGCUAAAGAUAUUCUCAGAAAAAUGGAAGACAGGGGUUGCUUUCCAAACAAUGUCACUUACAAUGUUAUUGUGCAAGGAUUUCUCAGGUACAACAAAAUUAGUGAAAUGACAUCUUUCAUGAAGGAAAUGGUUGGAAGGGGCUUCUCAUUUGAUGCAACUACAACCGAGUUAUUGGUAAAGAUUAUAAGGAAGAAUCCUUCUGUCCUUCAUAUGAUACCAGAGCUUCACUCGGGAAAAAAACAGUGA